CUACCUCGCCUUCGCCCCUCGCCCCCGGCAUCUCGGCCGACCGCUGGACGUCCGUCCCUUCGGCCCGGCCUCCGGGACCCCGCGGGGGCCAGCGGGCAUGGAGGCCGGGGGGCGCCCAGACCCCGGUGACCGGCGGAUGGCGAGGACCCCCGGACCCUCCCCGGCCCGGAACGGGGACCGCGGCCGCGCCGAGGGCGACGGUAGCCCGGGGAGGACCGAGUCGGAGCCGGCCGGCGGCGACGGAGAGCGACUGAUGGGCGAGCUGGAGGCGCUGGUGACAGAGGCGGUGCGGGCCAGCGGCUGGUGGGACCGGCGAGGCUUGGACUGCUUCAUCCUCCUCCUCAGCUUCCUGGCCCUGCCCGCAGGGUUCCUGUGUCUGCGCUCCGAGUGCGUCCCCGUCUUCGCGCUGGGCAUCGCCAUCCUGGGCGUGGUCCACAGCACGAUGACCGUCAAGGGGAGCCACCUGGCCGUCCACGGCGCCCUCACCAGCUCCAAGGGCUGGAGCCGGGUCUGGGUGCUCUUCUUCGUGGAGGUGUGCACGGCAUUCUCGGCGGACCAGGCCACGCACGGUCACGUCAAGCUGCACCACGCCUAUACCAACGUGCUUGGCCUCGGGGACUCGAGCACCUGGAAAAUGCCCUCCCUCAACCGCUUCGUCUACAUGUUCCUCGCUCCCGUCGUACUGCCUGUCCUCACCCCGCUGGUGGCACUCGGGCUGCUGAAGGAGGCCGAGCCCCGGGUGGCGCUUCGCACCCUGAGCCUCAUGGCCCUGGGCCUCGGCUCUCACUACUGGCUGCUGCUGCGAGUGUCGGGGUUCCAGUCGACCACCUCCGCUCUACUGUGCAUGGUUCUCACUCGCUCCCUGCUGGCCCACCCCUACCUACACGUCAACAUCUUCCAGCACAUCGGGCUGCCCAUGUUCUCCCCGGAGAAGAAGCCGCGGCGAAUCCACCUGAUGAGCCUCGGGGUCCUCAACCUGCCCCGCAACCCUCUGCUGGACUGGGCCUUCGGCCACUCCAUCAUCAGCUGUCACGUGGAACAUCACUUAUUCCCGCGCCUCUCGGACAACAUGUGCCUGAAGGUGAAGCCCCUGGUGUCACGGUUCCUGCGAGAGAAACGGCUCCCGUAUAACGAAGACUCGUACCUGUCUCGGCUGCGUUUGUUCCUGUCGCGCUACGAAGAAUUGUUGGUUCACGCCCCGCCCAUCACUGAGCUUGUGGGCCUGCAGUAAGGAAGGGGGCCGCGCCCCGGCCCACCCCGCCUCGGCUCCAGGGACCCCCCGCCCCUGCAGGAUCCAUCUGUGGAGACAUCAUCCAACGACUGUGUCCGUUGGAAUCUGGAUGAGUCUGGCUGGGUCCGGCCCCCGGGGGCUUCUGGGAACCCGUGGCUGAAAUUUGGCCUGUCGGUCAGUCCACGGGGCCAGACUGACCAGGCUCUGGUCGGCAGGGACCGUGGUGCCGGGCGGACCAAGGGCUGGGGGCUAGGGGGAGUCACGCCGCUCUCAAUCACCCUUGCUAUCCUGCUCUGGGCCGGCCCGAGGCUCUGUAAGGUCCUAGCCCUCUGGCCGGCCCCCGAGAGGCUUAGAGCUGUGUUCUAGAGGGGCACGGGGCCGGAAGGGUGGGGGGACAGGGAAGGGACUUCCUAUUCGGCCCUCUCAGGCCUAAGGUCUCCACGGACCAUCACUGACGGGGGUGGGAGCUGGGGAGUGGAUCCUGGACACUGGCCGGGAGGGUUAGGCAGGUUGGGGGUCUCUGAGACCUCUCUGACGAAAACCCUCUUCCCUGCUUCUCUGUGGGUCAGGGGUCAGAGUCCUGCUGGGGAGGAGGGGCAGGACCCCAUGUCAUCUCCACCCCACCUCCAACCCCAGCCCAGAGAUGGAUGAGGUUCUUCCCUGCCCUCCAAAGGGCUGGGAACUGGGGCUGCGGGGAGUUGGCUCCGGGCUGGCCGGGACCCUGGACAAGACCCAGUCCGGAGGCCCUGGACAAGUUGGCCUGAGCCUUGGACUAAGGGAGUCUCGAGGAGGGGGUGAAGCUGAACCCCUUCGUCCUGGAAAUCCCUGGCUCUCUCUUGCAUUUCCUGAAGAAGCAGUUUGGAAGGGGACUGGGAGACAGGGGAGGCAGGAUUGUGAACUGGGAAGGGUGGGAGACUCUGGAGACGAUGGAGGGGAGAAGAGGGAGAAGGAAGGGUAGGAGGGGGCCCAGGCUGAGCAGUGGAAGAGCCUUGAAGGCAAGGUUGUGCCUCGUGUUGGGGGGAAGGAGGGCGGACGAAGGUCUGAGGCAAGGCGGAGGGGGAAGGGGGCUGAAGGCCGGGAGGCAGUCGGGUGGGAAGGUUGGAACACUGCCUUAGAUCCUUGAAAUCCCAGCAGCCCGGGGGGAAGAGUCCCGCCCCGCCCCCUCACAGCCUCGAGUGGUCCCAGCCGUCCUAGGAGGAGAGGGAGCAUAUUCGAACCCCUGGGUUCCCCUCUUUCCCCUUUCCCUCUCAGCCUUCCUCCUUCCCCUCGGAAUACCCAGCCUGAACCCAGACAUCCCGGAAUGGCGAGGGGAGGCCACCGGCCGAUGGAUUCUUUUAGCAGUGGUUUGGGUUUCCAAAAGUUCCAGCAGCUCAGUCACUGGCUCCACGCUCCAAGCCCAAUUAAUCAAUCAGUGCGGUCAUCCUCCCAAGAACCAAGGGUUGUCCGGAGUCCGUCUGGGCUGGGGUCACCCUGAUGAAUGAUUAAAGUCCUUGGAACUCCUGA